ACUAAAAACCUAGUUUGACAAAAAAAAAAAAAAAAAAAAUGUCUUCCGUCGCACACGGUUUGUUGUUUUUGUACUAAAACGACGCGUGGGAACCUAUCGAAACGUAUAAUCGGAAUUAUCCUCAUAAUUUUGUAUUAGGGGCACUUUCGAGUUUCUUCAUCUGGAAUUAGUCCGUUCGUCGAUCCCACGGUUGGAUUUUCUUAAUUUCUCUCUUCCAAUUCGAAUCCUCUCCUAAUUAUUACAGAAUGUUUCCCAAUCGGCUCUGAAAUUUGAACUCCGGUCAUCUUCCGGUUUCUCAUUCCGAUUUCGCACUCCGUUGAUGAUUUCUCAUCGCUUCCUUUUGCGAGAUCAGAAUCAGGAGCAGACAUGUCUUGGAAUGUCUUCAAAUUCUGCACGGCACUGCGUGCUUUGGGUUUCAUCAUGAUCCUCUUAGUUCUAGGUAUAGUCGGUCUCUCCUAUUACGCUUUGGUCGUCGUCAACUAUGGUCCGGCUCUCUUUCGCGGAGGCCUCAAUUCGCUUACCGCUCUCCUAGUCUUGCUCUUGUUUCAUUCUUUGUUGGCGAUGCUAUUAUGGAGCUACUUUUCUGUUGUACUAACAAAUCCGGGAUUUGUUCCACCUUAUUGGAGACCUGAAUCGGAUGAAGAGAAAGGCGAUGCUGAUCCAUUAAUGGCAUCAGAAUACAAAGGUCCUGGUUCAGGGCCAGAACAAGGUACUGUGCCAAGUGACUCUGCAAAUCAAAAAAUACGGUUUUGUCGCAAGUGCAAUCAGUUUAAACCACCUCGUUGCCAUCAUUGUUCUGUUUGUGGAAGGUGUGUAUUGAAAAUGGACCAUCAUUGUGUGUGGGUCGUCAAUUGUGUUGGAGCAAAGAACUACAAGUACUUCCUGCUUUUUUUGUUUUACACAUUUCUUGAAACAACCCUUGUCACUUUGUCAUUAUUGCCAUACUUCUUAGCUUUUUUCUCUGAUGGUGAUAUAACGGGAACACCUGGCAGCCUUGCAGCAAUAUUUAUCACAUUUAUUUUAAAUUUAACAUUUGCACUGAGUGUUAUGGGUUUUCUGAUAUUGCACAUAUCACUGGUAGCAGCCAAUACUACCACAAUUGAGGCAUAUGAGAAGAAAACCACUCCGAAAUGGCAUUAUGACCUUGGUCGCAGAAAAAAUUUUGAGCAGGUGUUCGGAAUGGAUAAGAAGUACUGGUUUAUCCCUGCAUAUUCUCAAGAUGACCUAAAGCGGAUGCCUAAUCUCCAAGGCCUCGAGUACCCAAUGAGGUCAGACUUAAAUCUACUUCAGGAAUUGUAAAAUCAAACUCAGAGUUAAAAUGUGCAAGCUCCCAUUGUUGGAUACAUAGAUAACUAAAUGAUUGCAUCAAGGGGAGAGAUCCUGUGGGGCAGAAGAUUUCACCUUGAUCCUUAAAUUGAAUGAAAGGUCAGUUAAAAUUCCUAACAAACAAAUCAUAAAGAAUAGCCUUCUCAGGUGGCGCGCUGUAUAAUAAUAGUUUGAAAAGCCAUUUGUCUGCUUAGUGAUGCACAACAAUUUUAGCUCUGUGUCAAAUUUUAGCACAAUGUUACCUUUUUAUGUAUAUUUGUUAUUUUGUAUGAAACCUUUCUUAAUUUUGAGAUUAUACCCUAAACCCCGAUUAAAUACUUUCAGAAGACUCCAUCUAGAGCCCUUGGGAAUUAGUCAUAUUAUUGGAACUUUUUGAAGGCC